AUGAAAAUGAUGAAGGCUUCAUCAGAAAAAAUAGGUAAAAAGAACCAUUAUAUUUUGCAUCUUUAUGGCUCUCUUAUUAAUGGUCAAAAAGCUGUAGUUACCCUUAUAGGACUGCAGAUAUUUUUUGAUAUUCUUAUACUAGAUAAAGAAUCUAUAGAUGAUUUUAAAGAUGAAAUUCAUUGUACUGCCAUAAAUGACUAUAAAAUAGAAAAUAUUAAGGUUUUCCAUUCUGCAGGUAUCAUACAGCAGGGUUGGCAAAUGACCAGGACUUUUGAUAAACAGUUUGACCAUCAGACCAAUAAACUAGAUCUUAAUGAAUGUAAAAAAAUAAAAGGAGAUGAUGCUUACAAAGUUACUAAUACAAAAAAAUGUUGUCGACAACAUUUAAAGCAAUGUAUUUAUGUUCAAACUUCUUUACCUGUAGAAGAAUAUGAUAAAUUACUUUCAGAAAUUAAAGAGGAUGAAAUUAUGAUAAAAAUAGAAGAAAUAAUAAUAAACAUUUACAAACAGAUG